GCCAGAGAUUCACAUGUUCUUCCUUUCCGAGUGAAUGCCGAAGUCGCGAACGGACCAUGUCUAGCGGUUCUGCUGAUUACAACAGCUCACCAGAUCGAGACCAUGGGGGGCCUGAAGGAAUGGAGCCUGAUGGUGUCAUCGAGAGCAACUGGAACGAGAUUACGGACAAUUUUGAUGACAUGAACCUGAAGGAAACUCUCCUUCGUGGAAUUUAUGCCUAUGGUUUUGAGAAACCCUCAGCAAUCCAGCAGAGAGCUAUAAUUCCUUGCAUAAAAGGAUAUGACGUUAUCGCUCAGGCCCAGUCAGGCACUGGUAAAACGGCCACGUUUGCCAUUUCCAUCCUGCAGCAGUUGGAGAUUGAGCAGAAAGAGACUCAGGCUCUGGUCCUGGCACCAACCCGAGAGCUCGCUCAGCAGAUUCAGAAGGUUAUCCUGGCCUUGGGUGACUACAUGGGCGCUUCUUGCCAUGCUUGCAUUGGAGGCACCAACGUGCGGAAUGAAAUGCAAAAACUCCAGGCAGAGGCUCCACACAUCGUCGUUGGCACGCCAGGCCGUGUGUUUGACAUGCUGAACAGGAGAUACCUGUCUCCCAAAUGGAUCAAGAUGUUUGUCCUUGAUGAGGCCGAUGAAAUGCUGAGCCGUGGGUUCAAGGAUCAAAUCUAUGAGAUUUUCCAGAAAUUAAGCACAAACAUCCAAGUUGUGCUGCUUUCGGCCACCAUGCCCGCUGAUGUGCUGGAGGUGACCACCAAGUUCAUGCGUGAACCUAUUCGCAUCCUGGUGAAAAAGGAGGAGCUGACUCUGGAGGGUAUUAAGCAGUUUUACAUCAAUGUAGAACGAGAGGAGUGGAAGUUGGACACGCUGUGUGACCUCUACGAGACCCUUACAAUCACCCAGGCUGUUAUCUUCUUGAACACGAGAAGAAAGGUUGACUGGCUGACCGAGAAGAUGCAUGCCAGAGAUUUCACUGUGUCUGCUCUGCAUGGAGAUAUGGAUCAGAAGGAGCGAGACGUAAUCAUGAGAGAGUUCAGGUCUGGCUCUAGCAGAGUGCUCAUAACCACAGAUUUGCUGGUGAGUAGGGCUGUUAUUUACAGAAUUUCUGAAAGGGUGCUUUUUUUUAACCAUCAAUUUGUAAAUUAAAGGGGUCAUAUGACGUUGCUAAAAAGAACGUUGUG